AUGGCAAGGAAAACUAUAGUUAUUCGUCGGGGUUUUGCCCGAAUACUAGCGAUUACCUUUCUGAUUCUGCAAGGUGCAAUUCUUGAUUAUUAUCUGAUCACUGAAGAACGCUCCGUGUGGAGGUUUGCUUGGCUCACAACAGAUGCUAUCGUGUUUUCCACGUGGGUUUACACAAUGUGGAUGUCGCACAGAAAAUCACGGAGCGCUUUGGCUAAAGAUGGAAUGAAAAUUGCUUACUUCGCAUGGAUUGUCUAUGCAGUACAUUUAGUACCACAAGUGGCGACUUUAUUCAAGCUCAAAAUCGAGGCUUAUAAUGACGAGAAACAUGUUUUUGGACCUAACACACUGAAAAUGAACCUAUGCCUGACGCCAAUGUUGUUUUUAUUUCUUAUAUACGCGCAUCACGACGCAAAGUCGCAUUCUCGACGGAAAUAUUACUUAGAGAAGAUAACAGCAGCGGUUGCUUUGGAUUUGUUCGACAGUGUCGAAAUGCUUGAAUAUCUUUUUGACAAGGAAGAGAUCUCGCCUGAACUGGAAAAUGCCAUCUUGGCCUUUUCCUGCAUGAAUAUUUUUCUCCCAACGUUUGCUUUGUUUGAACUGAAGUAUAACAAGUUUCAUGACAACGGAGAAAUUUCGCCGAUCUCUUUCAAGUUUAUUUACAUUUGUAGUUUUAUGUUUUUCGUUAACGUCCCUUUUUUGGUUUUAAGGCUGAUUUUGUGGCAUGGAUAUCACUUGAAUGUCUCUGUGUUACUCGCGAAGAAUUCUCUGGCCAUUAUCAUGGGACUGAUAGAGAUAUUUGAGUUCUUUAGCGAUCAAAGACCGAGGAGAUGUCAAUCGUGCACGAAGACUUUUGUCAAAGAAUUCUACAAAAGGCAUCUAGAUACUUGUUCAUUUCCACCGGAUCAAAAUUCGAGAUUCAUAGUGUUUGAAGAAGAGAGAAACAGAAAAGAGAAGGAAAUUUCUAAACUCGAUACUAUCCGCGUUACUGAAGAACGAGAUAAUUUGCUUAAUUCUUCCAAGAGUAAUGAAAUUUCCUUGAAAACUACCUCAAAAGAGACUGAUGUUUAAUCAAAGAAUUAACCUUAUAUCGAACAGCUUAAGAAAAAACUGAAAGAAACAAAGUGAUAACAAAAGCAAAAACAUAUGGACUGACACAAGAGGUGAUAUCAGCGUGAUAUGAAAAACAAACAGCGGGGUAUUUAAUUGGUUGGUUUUAGCUGCCAAAGUAAAUAGCAAUUUGCACAUAUUACAAUUAGCACAAUUAGUUCCAUAUUGCGAGCCUUGUUGGAGCUAUGAAAAAUGAGAAAUAGGCAUCCAUAUCAGGAUGACAAAAUUGCGUUUUGUUACAAGACAAAUUUCUGAUUAAACUCAUGAGACCGGGAUUUAUCACUAGACCUGCUGAAUUGUCUUGUCUGAUGAGGAAUAUAUAGUUUAUGCUGUUACUAAGGGAUCAAUCGUGAGUCCUUUACUGUUUUUAAUUUACGUCAACGACUUUCCCAAUUGUCUGCAACCUUCUGCCCCGGGUUUAUAUGCAGAUAAUACCUGUGUAAUAUGAUAAAAUAAUUGAACGGGGGAAGAGGAACGCAGACUUACUUCCCGAUCACCGGCUGAUUAUCGAGGUUAAGAUUACAGUAAAAAAAUAUAUUUCUCUUUUUUACUUUUCAGCUCUAACUGUUUUUUGGCUUUAGUUUGUGGUCUUGGGGGUUCAUUUCAUUCAUCGUGUGUAGUGGUUCAUGUUUGUUGGUGUAUGUUUGUCGCUGUAGGGGAUUUAUGACAUGUUUGGAGAAAAUAAAACAGAUCUGAUGAAAACUAGUCAGUGUUUAUAAGUGUAGUCAAAGUUUUCAAAGCUUUCAUUUCGAUCUAAGGGUAGGUUUUGUCAGUAAUGCAUGGGUCCCGGGGGAUAUGCUCAGCAUUUUUACGGAGAGGCUCCUCGCCGUGAGGUUCAACCCCCUUACCUUUCUAUGUACCAUAAUAGGGGUAGAGAGGGUACUGCUUUUGCAUAUACUUUCCACUGAAAAAUGGAACCGGAAAUUGAAGAAACCUGUCUGUAUAGGUUCAGAGACCCAGGGAGGAAAAAAUACUUUUCCACAAACAAAAAGGAUUUUAGAAAUAAAGAAAAGCUAAAAUCCGCAAAAAUUACCUCUACGGAUGAGAAUUUAUAGUUUUAUAUAACAAUUUUAAUUAAAAGUUUGACGAAGUUGUUCAUUACCGGAGAGAAAUUGACUCGAGAAAAUGAAUACGAAUCAGUGUUGAAUUGUGCGACCAAAGUUUUGUUGCUGACAAAAAUCUCACGAUUUCUCUUUAUUUUUACAAACGUGACUACCUUUUGCCUAAAGAUUUCUUGUAAUCUAGAUAAUAUCAACAAGGUGAUAAGAAUUAGUGAACUGAAAUAAAUUUUGAGGACUUUCAAUUUUUGCUCUCCUUAAAUUAAUUAAUCGUCAAAGUGAAAAUUCAACACAACUCUUCACUCAUUUAAUUAAGUAUUUCGCGUCUGUUUGCAAAAGCCAGGGCAAAAAUUAAGUAGAGUGAAAUGAUUCUAGCGGCUAAGGUAGCCACAAACGAGAAUGGAAGCAAUAAGUGUAUGCACUGGAAAAGAUUCCAGAAAUGGAUGUUGUUUCGUAAUGUUAGUCCUAUCACUGCAGUGUCCCAACAAAUUAUGUUAAUCACGCAUCGCUUCCGAUUAUAAAAUCCAGUUUUUUGGCCGUAACAUUGAAAUAGGAUAUCCAAAUCCACCUCACAAAAGCUUUGGCUUUUAUGUCAGUUUUAAUCUGAAAUCAGGGGCACCUUUCAUCAUAAUUAUUCUUAUUUUAUUUGUUUGCAAAUUGAGGUCAAAGAGUGAAAUUGUUCUGUCCAAAAGCACAUUAGAGUUGGUUCACUUCAAGAGGCUCUCCCAUUUCACAGGUCCUUUUGCUCCAACGAUAGUUGCGGAGUGGCGUACCGUUGAAUCAACCAAGAUUAAGUCACAAAUAUUACUUGUUCCUAGAUAAAAUUUAUCGACAUUUGUCGACCUUUUCGAUAGCACUUUGUCGUUCCAGUUUUCCGUCUUUUUUCUUCUUUUUUUGUCACCGACCGGUCUACGACUAGUCGGUCUCGAAUUAGACAUAAUAGAAAGCACGUCACGUUUGAUAAUCUGAUCUAGUCAAGAAUCCUUCCGCUUCCUUUUAAUAAUUUCUUCUGUAAAAGCACUCGGGCAUUGUUUUGUUCCAUGCCCUGGCCAAGGCCUUUAAGGAAGAAAAAACGCUUUUAAUAACUCUUUUCUUUUAUAGGGUAGGUUUGUCGUCUGAUGAUGACUUUAACCUCCUGCAAGCUGCAUCUAUCUUGAGUUCUAUACUCUAACUGGAAGUGAGUUCCAGCUACUUGUUCAACUUUAAAUCGAAGGUUGCAGAAAAUCAAACAGACUCUCAUAUCAAAACCAAAGUAUCAUAUUAUCAAUGUUUGGAAAAAAGCUGUGACGGGGGCCGACUUAAAAGUCGCUUGAUUUGUUGAAAAGUGCAUCCGACAAAGUAACAUUCAAAAACAUUAUUACUUGAUGCAAAGCUUUUACUAGAUGUCUUAAAACGCUGUACGAAAGAAUCUGUAUGUUAAUGAUUAUUUGCUCGAUAAGAUUUUUAUUAUUUUCAAGUCUGAACAGACUGGCACUGCAAUAGCACUUUAAAAUUCUCUUUUAUACCAAUUUUCUAAAAUUACUUAACAGACUAUAGGACCUAUAGGGUUUCAACCGUGUAUGUCUUCCAAGAAAAAUUGCAAUAGGCCUUUCUCAAUACGCGCUGAAGGAAAUUAUUCAUCAGCCUAGACAAAAUAUAUUUAUUAAAAAGAUAUAACACUUCAUUAAUUCAUAUACCUGAUCGCCUAUGGCUGCAACCGUUAGAAAAUUGAUUAUUUAUAUAAGUAGGUGGUGUUUGACUGAAAAAACAGCAACAGCUCUUACAAAAAUGACGAAUCAUCCCGAGUUUUGGCUCAAAUACUAAAAAUGAUUGGCUCUCGAAGUUGAUUAAUAAUCAAUGACUAUCAAUAAUUAAUGAAAAAUAAAACAAUAACGGCGUUAUGUUUUAAAAUAUUUUGUAACCCAUGCAGUAUAAUUUAGAUGGUCGUUGUUAACUCUGUUUUUCGUGGUUAUUGCCUGAAGAAAAGGGGGAUGAAUUUAUGCUUUUAUGACACGUUUUGACGGGAACUCACUAAAAUAAAACAUGCGCAAACUAACCGUUCAAACAGACUCACAAGAAAUCAAUUUUGAAUGAACAGAUUCUAGUAUAGUAAUGAUAACUACAAAAACGAAAAUCUGAAAUUCACGCUUAAAAAAACAAAUUUGCAUGCAUAUUGCAUCCAACUGGGAAAUCCGAAUUAUCGGAUUUUCAAGAAACGGAUUGAUAUUUGCAUUUUUUGUGGAAAGUCAUCUUGCAGACGUAUUUUGUUGAUUAGGAAAUCCAUCUUUUUGGAAGAUGAUUUUCAGAGACAUGGAUUUUCCGCAACGAAAUACUUCUGCCAGAUGACUUUCGAUUAAAGUCCAAAUAUGAUUGAAUCAUAUUGAAUUUUGCUAUCGAGAGUUUCCCUAAUGUUAUGCAUAGUAUCACGCCCGAGCGUUUCGUCCAUACAGUACUCUUCUUUUACUUCUGUACAACUGAACAAAGCAUGUAACAAGCGCCAAGCUUGCAACAGAGCUGGCCACCUGUUGAGAAACCCACACCUUAGCAGCCGAAGCAUUCAAAGCGAGUUAUAGGUGUUCAUUCGUUUUUCGGCGUGCUUGUAGAUUGAUUGCAAUGAGAACUUUUUGAUAUUGCACAAUUUAAAUUUCGCAGCUGUUAUAUUAUUUAGAUACAUUGACUGACCUGACGUAAAAUCAUACCGCUGAUAUCGUGUACCUUAUCUUGAAUUCUGUCGCUGACGCUAUAACUCAAACAGAAUCUUUCUUCCUUUCCUUCUCUCUUUAGUUCUUUUUUUCUUAGCAAGAGGUCUGGCAAAGCAGGAUACAGUGUCAAUUAUAUCAUAUUAUAUUAUCUUUGGAGAAAAACGUUUAUUCCAAUAUCAUUGUUUGGAAGCUCAUGUAGGAAAAAACCUUGAGAGAGCUCAUUUAUACCGUAAAAACUGCUCGAAGACGCUUAAUUUCUAGCACACUCAGGUUAGCAUGCUACCAGAUUGAUUUUGCCGGAUGCCAUCUAAUGUGAGCCAAUAUAAUAUUAACAUUUUUCGUUCAGCAAUAAAUUAUACGUGAGUGCGUCUUUGUCUCUUUGACACAAAGCGAUGUUCGUUUAGGUGCAUAUUCUAUAGCUGUCGUAAAAGCUAAAAAUCAAACCUUGUACGUAUCAAUUAAAUGAGGCAAGCUUCCGUUUCAAUUUUAAAAGCAAAAACAUAAACCGUUUAGGUGAAUUAUCCUAUCUCAUUUCAUUUCCUUUACUCAGUUUCGAAUCACCUUUAAUAAAUAAUGAUGUGGGAGGAAUUUUUAAAUUUAUGAAGGACUUGAUGAUGCAUGUGAUCACACCAUCAAGUGACUGAACGCGUGGUUAUGGCAAGAAGCAGAAGGACCAAACAUCGCCAGGCUUUCCCUCGCAUAUUGGCACUUCUCUUUCUCAUUGUACAAGGCGCCGUUUUAGACAUUCAUUUCAUCACCGAAAUGAAGACUCCAUGGCGGUUCGCAUGGAUUACCACAGAUGUAAUUGUGUUGUCCACCUGGAUGUACACGAUGUGGAUGUCGACGAAGAGAAAAUCACAUAGCGUUAAAACCGUGGUUACCGAGGAUGGAACAAAAUUUGCUUAUAUAGCUUGGAUUGUCUAUGCGUUGCAUUUAGUGCCUCAAGUUGCCACUUUAUUUAAAUUAGUAACCCCCGUCUACAACGAUAAAAAAGUUGUUUUUGGACCUAACGUGAUAAAAAUGAAUUUGUGCCUGACGCCAAUGUUGUUUUUAUUUCUCAUUUAUGCGCAUCAAGACGCAAGAUCGCAGUCACGACGAAAAUAUUAUUUGGAGAAGAUAACGUCGGCAGUGACUCUGGACUUGUUCGACAGCGUGGAAAUGCUGCAGUAUCUUUUUACAAAAGAAAAGAUCACACUUGAGCUUGAAAAUGCUAUUUUGGCGUUUUCCUGCUUGAAUAUAUUUCUACCGACACUUGCCUUGUUUGAGCUCAAAUUGAACAAGUUUCACGAAAACGGGGAGGUUCCUCUAAUCUCGUUUAGACUUAUAUACAUUUGCGGUUUCAUGUUUCUAGCCAAUGCACCUUUCUUGGUUUUGAGAUUGGUAUUGUGGCAUGGGUAUCAUCUGGACGUGUCUGUUCUAUUGGCUAAAAAUGUUCUUGCUGUUAUUAUGGGGUUUGUUGAAAUCGUCGAGUUCUUUGGCCAGCAAAAGCCAAGGAAAUGUGAAGCUUGCUUGAGGACAUUUGCUAAGGAACAUUUUAAAACACACAACAGAAUGUGUUUACUUGAUCAGAGGUCGAGAGAGUUAUUUGAU